AUGACGACAAUUCAUUCUGAGAAACUCAAUGGUACUUUUGAGGGUACUGAAACCGAUGGCGUACUGGAGUGGAAGAAUAUCCAGUAUGCUACCAUUACCAAACGAUACGACGUGCCUAUUGUGAAGACCGACUACCAGGGCAAGGUAGUUGACUGUACGAAGGACGGCCCCAUCUGUCCCCAGAUUGCCAACCGAUACGACGCCCAUGAUGGCGAUGUAUGGUCUGACGAGCUUCUGUGUCUCAAUCUGCGAAUCUCCAAACCCAAGAGUGCCAUUGGCAAGAAGCUGCCUGUGUUUGCCUUCAUUCAUGGAGGAGCCAACAUGAUAGGUAGCAUCUACGGAGAUAAUCCCGUUCCCUUUGUGAAGCAAUCUGAGACGAUUGGAAAGCCCUUUAUCGUUGUUCAGAUCGAGUAUCGAUUGGGUAUGUUCGGAUACAUCACCAACAAGGAUGGACGUGCAAACUGGGGCGCUCGAGAUCAGUGGGCUGCUGCUGAAUGGAUACAACACUUCAUUGGCGAGUUUGGAGGAGAUACAGACAUGAUUACUCUGGGAGGUCAGUCAGCUGGAGGUAUGGGAACCUCCUAUCUCUCCCGCAGAGACGCCAUGGAGGGUACAAACCUCGUCAACCAGGUAUUCAUGUCUUCUGGAUCAGUGGGCUGUUUCCCUCCCCAAACUGUUGAGCAUCUCAACAUCUUUCGAGACCUAGCUGCCAAAAAGAAGGGAUGCAAAGAGGAGGAUCUUGAUGAUAUUUCCAAGGUCAGCGCUGAUGAACUUCUCGACCUACAGACCAAGAUUGGAUACCCUCAUGGUAUGUUUGCAUAUGACGACUGGUUCAAGGAAGGCAUUGAAGAUGCGGUUCCCAAGGUCGAGGCUGCUAUCAUCUCUGAUAACGGCUUUGAGGGCGUCAUCUUCACGAAGAAAGUGCAUCCUGACGACAAGGUCGAAGAGGUGCUCAACAAGACCAAUCUCGGGAAAGCCGUCAAAAAGCUGUAUAACAUCAAGUCCAACGCCGACGUGUGCAAGUUCUAUGGAGACCAGAUGCUGGUACUACCUAAUGUGACGGAUGCUGAAAAGUUGCGAAAGGCCGGUGCCAAGGUCUACAGACAGUUCUUUGAUGAAAUUGACCCAAUCAACCCCAAGAUGGGCGCCCGACACGCCGUGGACAUUUUCUUCAUGUGGCACGACAACACGGACAUCGACGAAAGCGAGAACGAUCUGGCCAAGAAGUACCAGACCAACCUCAUCAAGUUCACAUACAAGGAGGCCCCCUGGCCGGAAGGCGAGGUGUGCUGGAUUCAUGACCACAAAAUCGAAUAUGGCAAGUUCAAUCCUCGACAACAGUGUUGCGAGCUGCUUAAGUACAAGCGGUCUGAAGUCAGAGAGCUGGCCACGGAUCUGGGUCCUGAUCUCACUGCCCCUGGAGGCAACAUUAUUUAA